AUGGUUACCACAAUCACAAAUCUUCUUCUAUCCACAGAUGAUAAUGAUGCGGCGCUGAAGAUUGCUGAUUUUGGAUUCGCAAGAAGCCACCUAGACCUGUCUUAUACUAUAUCCCCGCUUAAAAUCUCCCUUGCUACACCGGCAGAUCUCUGGAGUGUUGGUGCUAUUUUAUUUCAACUUGUGACAGGCAGAACCCCUUUUACAGGAAACAGCCAAGUUGAGUUGUUCCAGAACAUUAUGAUAUCAACUGGAUUGCAGUUUCCACUAGACUGUAAAGAUUUGACUACUGACUGUAAAGAUCUAUGUCGGAAACUACUGCGCCAUAAUCCUGUGGAACGUUUGAAGAGUUCUUUCACCACCCUUUUCUAUCAGACAUACAACCAUAGGAUGUGCCAAGGAGUAGAUCCGUUUCAAGAACAAUGGAUGAUUUUCAUUCAUCCGGAAGCAGUCCCUCAGGAAAAAUGGAAGAAGUUUCUCAUGUGA